AUGCCAGUAGCUCCAAUAGACAAUAAUGGAACUGUGCUCUACUACGAAGACACAGGAAUACCAACAGGUUCCACGUCUUAUACAACCAUUGUGUUAGUGCAUGGUGCCAUGUUCCACACGCCUUCUUUCCGGCCUCUAGUCCCGUAUGCUGCCUCACAAAACUUACGCCUGGUAUUCCUCACGGCCAGAGACUACCCUGGUUCCACUUUGUUCACUGCUGCUGAACUUGAUGCCUUUGCAAAGAAAGAAACGCAAUCCGCAGCAUUAGAAGCACGUGCGCUCGAGUUUGCCUCGUUCAUAGCUUGGUUCAUUGAGAACGAAGACAUUCCACCGAUAUCUGAACAGCCAAACGCCGACGGUCUGGUCACUGGGGGAAUAUCUUUUCUGGGAUGGUCGGCGGGUAACUGUCAGACGACCACCAUACUUGCAUAUGCGGACAAAGUCCCCGAAAAGACGAGCAAGCUACUAGACAAAUAUUUCCGCAGUCUAUUAGUAUAUGCUACGUCCCAGACCUGUCUGGGUGAACCGCCUGUCCCUGGAGUGUACAGUCCCUUCCGGGACGCGAGUGCGAGCGCCGACGAUAAAAUCGCCAAGUUUCCUAGCUGGAUCACGUCAUACUACCCCCAAGCUGAACUUGCUCCGAUUUCACCUGAAUACUCAGCCUCACUUGCACCCCGCUCCAUAAAGGUGUAUGAAGAGACAAAGGGACAUACGGUACCAGCUGCUCAUUAUGAAGAGCCACGCCAGAUUCCUUCCGAUCAACGAAUAACGCCGGAAGAAUACGCUGAGAUGAUCGAUUCGGCCGCAUUGAUACGGUCUCAAAUCCUUGUCGAAACUGUUGACCCAGCAGUUUAUCGUGAGAAUAUGCGCCGAGCACUUAGUGGGUAUUUCGAAGAUGCAGAAACCGGCGUAAAAAAGACCGUGUGGCCAAGAGCCAAAGUCAGGAUCCUGUAUUGCGACAUGGACGUUGGAGACGGUGUGUGGGCAGCGCAGCUCUUCGAACGGCAAGCUGAAGAGAACCGCAAGAACCAAAAGGGAAGAGACGUUGAGGUCGUCACGGUGGAGAAAGCAAACCAUUUCGUGAGCAUGAGACGAUUGAUUUGA